AUGGAACCCGCCAGCUCAGGCUUUGCAAAGACAGCGCCCCUAACCCUGGGCGGCGACCGCGCCUGGAGAUCCCGCGAGUGCCGAGGGGCCUCGGGCAACCUGACCGAGAUCAACACCAAGGAGGUGGCGCAGCGCAUCACCGCGGAGCUGAAGCGCUACAGCAUCCCGCAGGCCAUCUUCGCGCAGCGCAUCCUGUGCCGCUCGCAGGGCACCCUCUCCGACCUGCUGCGCAACCCCAAGCCCUGGAGCAAGCUGAAGUCUGGCCGCGAGACCUUCCGCAGGAUGUGGAAAUGGCUCCAGGAGCCCGAGUUCCAGCGCAUGUCCGCGCUGCGCCUCGCAGCCUGCAAACGUAAGGAGCAGGAGCAGCAGAAGGAGCGGGCCCUGCAGCCCAAGAAGCAGCGCCUGGUGUUCACCGACCUGCAGCGCCGCACGCUUAUCGCCAUCUUCAAGGAGAACAAGCGGCCGUCCAAGGAGAUGCAGGUGACCAUCUCGCAGCAGCUGGGGCUGGAGCUCAACACCGUCAGCAACUUCUUCAUGAACGCGCGGCGCCGCUGCAUGAACCGCUGGGCCGAGGAGCCG